AUGGGGGAGUGGCUGCUGGCCACAGUGGCCAUGGUGGCCACAGUGCAGUGGCUGUGCUGGAGUCCCUCCUCAUGUCCCUGCGGCUUGGAGGCUGGCCAGUGUCCUGAGUGUGGUGGCCAGUGGCUGUGGUGGCUACAGUGUGGUGGCCUCCUGGUCACCCUAGGGCUGGCUGGUGGCCACAGUGUGGUGGCCAUGGCACAGUCCCUCCUGGUGUCCCCAGGGCUGGCUGGUGGCCACAGUGUGGUGGCCAUGACACAGUCCCUCCCGGUGUCCCCAGGGCUGCCCGGUGGCCAGGGUGUGGUGGCCAUGCCACAGUCCCUCCCGGUGUCCCCAGGGCUGGCCAGUGGCCACAGUGUGGUGGCCAUGGCACAGUCCCUCCCGGUGUCCCCAGGGCUGGCCGGUGCCCAGGGUGUGGUGGCUGUGGUUAAGUGGGUGUUGAGGCGCUGCUGGGUGCUGGUGGGUGCUGGCACGCAGGGGCCGGUCCCCGUUAGCUGUUUCCUUUCCCCACACCCCGUGACUCACCGUGCUUCCCCAGAGCGGUUGGCUCAUCAUUUCCUGCGCCAGCCGUGCCCUGCGGUGCCACCGGCGGGGCCUGGUUUUUGCCGUGCCACCAUCCCGCUGCCGCUGGCUCACCUGUCCUUCUCCUCUCUUGCAGAUGAGCGAGAUCGUGUCCAGAAGAAAACCUUCACCAAAUGGGUCAACAAGCACCUUAUCAAGCACUGGCGACCAGAGGCGCAGCGCCACGUCAACGACCUGUACGAGUACCUGCGGGACGGGCACAACCUCAUCUCGCUGCUGGAGGUGCUGUCGGGUGACACGCUGGUAAGGUGCCGCGCCGCGCCCCGCUCCCCGCCACGCGCCGGCUCCUCUCCGCCGGCCUUCCUCGUCCUCAUCCUCGCCCUCGCUGCCUGCCUCUGUUCCCUCUCUUCCUGCUUGGCCGUCGGUCUGUCCCGGUGA